CAGCAAGAAGUAGGGAUUGUUUUUCCUUCGGAGACGACGAACAGGCAUUCCACACUUGGCCGAGCUCGCCGUUCGCCUUUGUUAGCCCUGCGCGAUUGUUCCUGAAACCAUGGCAGAUGAAACACAUGAUACGAAGGAGGAGGUUCCCGAAAUUGUCCCAUUUGAUCCUACUAAGAAGAAGAAGAAGAAGAAAAUUACAAUUAUAGAUCCUGCUGAUGAUUCAGUGGAUAACUUGGCUGAGAAGACGGAAAACUUGUCUGUUUCGGACGGAGUUGAGACUACAUUUUCUGGUUUAAAAAAGAAGAAGAAGAAGCCAGUUGAAACUAGUAACUUUACUGAUGAGGGUGGAGAUGCAGCUGAAGAUUUGGAUGUUCACUCUGGAGAGGAUGAAGGAGAAGAAGAUGCCUUGGCCCCUUGCUAUCCUUGGGAAGGCAGUGACCGUGAUUAUCAAUAUGAGGAGCUUCUUGGAAGGGUGUUUAACAUUCUACGUGAGAAUAAUCCAGAACUGGCUGGGGAUCGUCGGAGAACUGUCAUGAGGCCUCCUCAAGUUCUUCGUGAGGGCACAAAGAAAACUGUUUUUGUGAAUUUUAUGGACUUGUGCAAAACGAUGCAUCGACAGCCUGACCAUGUCAUGGCAUUUUUGCUUGCUGAACUGGGUACAAGUGGCUCGCUAGAUGGACAACAGAGAUUGGUUGUGAAGGGAAGAUUUGCACCAAAGAACUUUGAAGGAAUUUUGCGCGACGAUACAUCAAUUGUUGAUUGAAAUUUUCUCAGAUGAAAUGUCAUUUGCAUUGGAUGCAAGAGUCCAGACACAAUACUUUCAAAGGAGAACCGUCUGUUCUUUCUCCGAUGUGAGAAGUGUGGAUCAGGGAGAUCAGUUGCUCCCAUCAAGGCUGGUUUUGUUGCUCGUGUUGGCCGUAGGAACGCAGGGGCAUGAUUCAGUCAUGGUUUGCCAUAUUUAUAUAAAGACGGGUUGAAGAAAUGGAUCUUGAGUUGAAAAAUGAGUUACCUUUGUAUCGAGUUUCGAGUAACCGAAUCUUCUCUUUUCUCGUUUUGGUCGAUGUGUAGGAACUGUAUCGUAGUGCUGUUUCCGCUAGAGUAAAUUUUUUCAAUCCUAUAGGAGGAUUAAACCUUGUAUUGCUAAAAUCUAUCAUGCCCCAUCUCAAUCAUAUUCCCAAUAUUUUUAUUUUCA